AUGACAGUAACACCAACAAUCAAACAUGAAGGUUUUCUAACCAAGGAAGGAGGAGGAUUUAAGAGUUGGAAGAAGAGAUGGUUCAUCCUUAGAGGUGGACCAGAAGCCAGCUUUUCAUAUUAUAAAACCAAAGGUGAAUCAACACCACUUGGUAUCAUUCACAUAAAUACAGUAGGUCAUAUUAAAGUAAGUGACCGCAAGAAAAAGAAUCAUCAAUUUGAAGUGCAAACACCAUCACGUAUUUUCUAUAUCUGCGCCGACAAUGAUGAGGAUAGAAACAAGUGGAUCGAAGUAUUGAUUACAGAGCGUGACACGCUGCUCGGAUCCAACAAACCAAAGAAACCAGAGCGUGUCGGUGUACACGACUUUGACUUGCUCAACCUAGUAGGAAAGGGUAGUUUUGGCAAGGUGAUCCAAGUACGUAAAAAGGACACUGGUGAGAUCUUUGCCAUGAAGGUGCUCUCCAAGAAACACAUUGUCGAACACAACGAAGUCGAACACACCCUCUCUGAGAGAAACAUUCUCCAAAAGAUCAACCACCCCUUCUUGGUCAACCUCAACUACUCGUUCCAGACCGAAGACAAGCUCUACUUUAUCCUCGACUAUAUCAACGGUGGUGAACUCUUUUACCACUUGCAAAAGGAGAAGAAGUUCUCAGAGGAUCGUGUACGUUACUAUGGUGCCGAGAUUGUCUUGGCCCUCGAGCAUCUCCACUUGUCCGGUGUCAUCUACCGUGAUCUCAAGCCCGAGAACUUGCUCCUCACCAACGAAGGUCAUAUUUGUAUGACUGAUUUUGGUCUCUGCAAGGAAGGUCUCAACGCACCCUCGGACAAGACCAUCACUUUUUGCGGUACACCCGAAUACCUCGCACCAGAGGUGCUCCAAGGCAACGGAUACGGCAAGCAGGUCGAUUGGUGGAGCUUUGGCUCUUUGCUCUUUGAAAUGUUGACUGGUUUGCCACCAUUCUACAGUCAGGAUGUCCAGGAAAUGUACCGCAAGAUCAUGUCGGAGCGUCUCGUCUUCCCAGGCUUUAUCUCACCAGAAGCUCGUUCGCUCCUUGAAAUGUUGCUCGAACGUGACCCAGACAAACGUCUCUCUGAUCCAAACAUUAUCAAGCGUCAUCCAUUCUUCCGUGCCAUCGAUUGGGAAAUGUUGUUCCAAAAGAAGAUCCCACCUCCCUUUAUUCCAAAUGUCAAGGGCUCUGCCGAUACCUCCCAAAUCGAUCCAGUCUUUACCGAUGAAGCUCCUUCCCUUACCAUGGCGGGUGAAUCUGCUUUAAAUCCAAAUCAACAAAAAGAUUUCGAAGUUGUUUAUUUAAUUUAG